AUGCCCGCCUUUCAGAACCCACAAGGGGGAGUAGGCAUAAAGCGUAAAAACGAAAUCCAUGACCCCAAUAUUUCCGGCCGCAAGCGACAGGCGACGGAAGAUGACUCGAUCGUUUCAGGGCACGGCCGCGCUGCGGGCGAGACUUCGGCGGGAAUGAAGUAUUGGUUUGUGGUCUGGCGAAAUCCGCAGUACAAGAAGCACAAGACUUGGGACGGCGACGCCGUACUGGUCGUGGGUGAUCCUUCAUGCACACUGUAUGACAUGGAUGGCAAGCUCCUUGUGUCGGGCCGUCCGCAUGGUAUCGAGGGCCUACACCAGAUAACUGAGGGUGCGAAUUUCACGGUCGGAGGCAAGGAACUGGAGGUCGACCGUCCCAUGGACCGAUCCGAGUUUUACCGUGGAACGUGUUUCUCAAAGAACGCAAUGACAUCCCCGCUGCUGGUGCCACCUAUCUCAGGCGCAUCGUCGAGACAGUUCACGCCUCUUCGUCCAAAGGCGCUCAGCUCGUUCAAACCACCGACAAUGACAUCCAAUACCGCAACCAGUAAACGCGGUAUUGAACUAGAACCCAUCAACUUGGUUGCAUCUGGGGAAACACCUCUGAAGCAGAAGGCUCACGAUUCGUCUUGGACUGUGAAUUGGCGGAAACCGCAACAGAGGAAACACAAAACGUGGGACGGGGACGCCUUUCUUACGCUUCGGGGGGAGAAGCUCACUCUGAUCUCCGAGAAAGGUCUCAUACUCGGGCACAAGUCAUGGGACGGCAUCCGGAUUCACACUGGCUACUCUGCGUUCAUUGGCGGCAGAGAGAUCGAGGUUGACAGCCAGAUUUCCCUGUCGGAACUACCGACGAUUGUUGGGGCGUCCGACGAGUCUAGCGUGGAUCCGCUUAUAUCUACCCCUCCUCGUAGCCAGACCCGGGAAUCGUUCCUUCUAAGUGUUCGACGAAGUAGUGAACAGCCGCAAUCGGAGGACAACUCCCCAGGAUCGUCUGUAUCUGCUGCACAGAAGUACAUACCGCCCACGUCUUUCUAUGGCAAAGGCACGGCGCAGCCCAAACCUAAGGGACCAUUACAUGAUCCCAAAGCUGAAGGGGCUGUCGUCAUGAAGGCACCGUCCAAGGAACAUGCCGCAAAACACAACAAGAAGAAUCUUCCAGUCGUUGAUGUGGUCGUUGAUCCAAUACUUGCUCGGCAUCUGCGGCCUCAUCAGGUUGAAGGGGUCAAGUUCUUAUAUGAAUGUGUCAUAGGACUGAGAAAACACGAGGGCUAUGGCUGCAUAUUGGCCGACGAGAUGGGUAUGGGCAAGACACUACAGACGAUCACGUUGUGCUGGACAUUACUCAAGCAGAACCCAUAUGCGAGUGGCAAUCCGGUUGUCGGCAAGAUCCUCAUUGUGUGCCCGGUUACGUUAAUCAGUAACUGGAAGAAUGAAUUCCACAAAUGGCUCGGAAAGGAUAGAGUGGGUAUCUUUGUUGGAGACAAGGACAAGGCUGUGAUCAAGCAGUUCAUCAACUCGUAA